AUGAAGCUUAGAACACUCUACGUUCUGUGUUUCCUGUGUACCCUCGUUUCUUCCGAGAAUGAUUGGACAAGUCAGUUGGAGGCUGAAGGAGCGAAUAACACUCGGGACAAGCGAGCUUUGGGUUUGCUACUGUCGGGACUGGCGCAGGUUUUUGGGUACACGGUGGACCCUGUUCAAUUGGCGUCGCUACCUAACGUAGAGGAAGCUAGAACUCAGAAUGAUCCGUGCUCUAACUCGACUACCAAGCCUGCACUCAGGGAGACUAUCAGACUAACAGGUGUACUGAACUUUGGAAACGAAUCGAUACUCGAUCAUCUUCAAGAAUACGAAAGGAUCUUUCAUGGAAACGGCAGUAAUCAGACUAGUCCGCCGACGGCGGCUCCUAUGAUCGAUGUAAGAGUACCGAUGCAACCUAACCAACCGCUACUUGUGCCAAACAUUUCUUUACCGACCGUACCACAGCCACCCCUGCCAGAGAUUCCUCCGCAGGACAUCAAACUGUCGUAUCCUAGGCCGUUGGUUAUAAUUCAUCCUGAGCAGAAUGUGACCAACGCAAGAAACAAGAGUGUCAGCAAAGCUCAGAGUGCAAAGAACAUGAGUUCCGACAGCGGACCGAGUUCGGACAACGGAUCUUCGGACAAAUCGCGAUGGAGGGAGUACGAAGAGAGACUAGCGGAGUUAGAACGCAGACAGCAAGAGCAGGCCGAGAGGUUGAGACAGCAGGAGCUUGUUAGAAACCGUGAGAAGUAUAAUAAUUAUAACGGUGAAGAGAACGAGCGAAAUCGAGGGCAAUUGGGUCGCACUGAUGAAGAUUGCAGAGGGAAAGACGACGAAAGUUAUGAGAAUUCGGAGGAAGAGGGGUCUAGAGAGAGUUCUGAGGCUCCGAACGAGUCCGAGGAAGAGGAGGAACAACCUAAGGACGAUUACAAGUACAGCGUGUACAGCGAACCUCUUCCGAUCAGCAAGGACGACGAGCACAGGAGACCCGAGGAGCUUCGGAACAGCUACGGAGAGCUCCUGAACAACCGCGAGAUCGUGGGCGACGGGUUCGAGGAUUUCUUCAAGAAGUUGAAGCAACAGACCAGCUUCCAGAAAGAAAAAGAUGAAACUUCCAAGGAAGAUGAAGAGAGUAACGAAAAAGAGCCCGCCACGAACAAAUACGAAGAGUAUCCCCUCGAAGAGGAUUCCGAGAAGAACGAAGACGAAGAUUCCGAGGAAGAAGCGAUCGAGCAUUCUAAGAACCAAUCGCUCAAGGAGCAGCACAACGAGGAACUGGAUUUCAGCAAGAGCGUGCCUUUGAUGGUACCCGUUAGGUACCUCACCGCUCCCGAGGAGCUGAAGAGGAUGACACUCUCCGAGAAGUCGGACAACACCGUACCGGAAGCCACGAAGAAGGUUUCUCGUAAAGAACUGAGAACUGGCAAGAAGGAGAUCUUGAAACCGACGAUUGGUUACCCGGAGUUGCCGAAGAAGCUGCACGAUGGCGAGCAGAAAGUGUUGCAAAUGUGGCCUCCGCCUUUUGAUUUCAUUUUAGACAGCGUUGUUCAGAGGGACUCGGAUAGAGGAAGUGGGAAGCCACGUGCGGAACUAGAGCCACCUGUUGAUCGCGAUUAUCCGGAGAAUAUUUAUUAUCAAAGUUUCGGCAAGGAUUUUGCGUCCGGAACGGAUGCUUCGAAGCAAUUAACGCUUCAUGGACCGGGAAAUAGAGGGAACGGGUCUGAGGUACCAGAUUUCUGGCAGAGGUAUAGAUACACCGCGAACGAUGAGUAUAUGGAACCAGAUUUGAAGAUAAAAUCUUCUCAAGAACCUUCGUAUUCGAAGAACUUGGAGUCGAAACGUAACGCAGGACAUACUGAUAUUUAUUCUGAGAGAUAUAGAAAUCAGAAGAUGCGAAAUGUGGAGCAGAAGACCGUUCCUCUUGCGAAUACGAAGGAGUAUGAUUACUUUAAGUACGGACCGAAUGAUUAUAUUUUCGGUUAUGCAAGACGCGAGAAAUUGCCUCAAGUUUUUGCGAGUGACCAAUUGUAUCGCUAUGAAGAAAGUUUAACGAAAAUAGCUGGUGAACCGGAGAAAAGAAGCGGGAAAGUUGCGGCUAGAGAUUACGAGAAUUACGGUAACACUAUGGUAGCCUUGGGACAAGAAGAAAUUAGCUCAACUGGACCGAUUAAUUAUUUCACUUAUCCUCGUAUUUUGUAA